CCGCCCCGCGGGGGUAUGCCGCCCUCUCAUUGGCCCCACCAGCCGAGAGGGUGGGCCUGUGUGGGGGGGCUGUUGCGGGGCAGGGGGAGCCGGGUUCCAGUCGGGGCUCGAACACGCGGCGGUUUGGAGCUGGGCGCAGGGAUGUGGGUGCUGGCAGGCUGGUGGGUGCUGGCGCUGUGUGCAGUGGGGGGGGCUCUGGCCAAGCCACCCCCGGAGAAGAAGGACCGCGUGCACCAUGGCAAGGAGCUGAGCGACCACCAGCACGAUGACAACCAGGAUUUCCAGUAUGACCACGAGGCCUUCCUGGGCAAGGAGCAGGCCAAGACCUUUGACCAGCUCACGCCCGAGGAGAGCCAGGAGCGCUUGGGCAAGAUCGUGGAUAGGAUAGAUGGGAACCGGGACGGAUUCGUGACCCAGGCGGAGCUGAAGGACUGGAUCCGGCACACACAGAACCGCUACAUCUACGAGAAUGUGGACAAGAACUGGGCUGACUACGACCGGGACCAUGACGGCCGCAUUGCCUGGGCCGAGUUCAAGAAUGCCACCUACGGCUACUAUGAGGGUGAGGAGUUCAGUGACCUGGAGGACAAACACUCCUACCGGAAGAUGCUGGUACGGGAUGAACGGCGCUUCAAGGCAGCCGACAAAGAUGGGGACCUGGUGGCCACGCGGGAGGAAUUCACAGCCUUCCUGCACCCUGAGGAGUUUGAUUACAUGAAGGAUGUUGUCAUCACUGAAACCAUUGAGGACAUUGACAAGAACGGGGAUGGCUACGUCCAGGUGGACGAGUACAUCGGUGACAUGUACAGCUCCGAGGCCGGGGAGCCAGAGCCCGACUGGGUGCGCACAGAGAGGCAGCAGUUCCUGGACUUCCGGGACAUGGACCGGGACGGACGUCUGGACCCAGCCGAGAUCGGGCACUGGAUCCUGCCCCAGGACUACGACCAUGCCGAGGUGGAGGCCAAGCACCUCAUCUACGAGUCUGACAAGGACAAGGACGAGCGGCUGACAAAGCAGGAGAUCCUGGACAACUGGAACAUGUUUGUAGGGAGCCAGGCCACUAACUAUGGGGAAGACCUGACACGAAAGCAUGAUGAGUUGUGAAUGAUGAAGGCCCGGUUCACUCCCCACACAGCACAAGCUUGCCUUGGCAGGGAACCCCACCCUCUCACCCAGGCACCAAGGACCCUAGGGAGGGAUUAUUUAUUAAAGGGGAAUCAAGAGUCAGGCUUGGGGGCAGGGGAAGAGUGGAAGGGGGUAGGAGCCCUAAUGCUUAGGUUCUUGCUGUGCCCUGGGGAGAGUGGGGUCUAUUGGGUUGGGGAGGGGGCUGGGGCUGGAAGUGACCUGGGUUCCCUCCCUGAUCUAAGAAGGGAAGGGGUCAGAACAGGGAGCCAGGAUACCUGAAUACCCUCCCCAGCACUAUCCAUUUCCCUCCUCUCCUUUCCCACCCCCCACCCACAAGCACUACAACACUAACAGUAUUAGGGAGCAUCUCUGCCCCCAACCUGUGCCAGUGCCACCUCUCUCCAGCCCACCUCCAACCACCUGACAUUAUGGGGUGACCCACCAACAUGGUGGUCAGUGGGUGGGAGCUGAAGCCCCACCCCUGCACUGCCUGCCACGAUGGCUGCCUUUCCCACCAGGAGCUCCUGGCCAAGGCAGAGCUGUUUGUGGACAGCAUUGGGGCCAGUCCCAUUGAUGCACGGGCAUUUGGGGGAACAGCUGUAGGGGCAUGGGGAGCUGAGAGGCACCUGGAGCUGUACACACAGGCCAAUAAAGACAUGCACCACCUUC